AAUGAAUUUUAUUAAAAAUAAUAUAAAACCAUUUCUAUUGACAUCUGGAAUAUUUGGUAUUAGUGGCUAUGGCUACUUGUAUUAUACAGCAUAUUAAAACAAAAAGGAAUUAUAAAUCAAAAAAGAAAAUGAAGUAGAAUUCAAAGACAAUACUCGACCUUAAAAUUAAUACUUUGGUUUAAGUUAUGGUUUCAGAGCAGAUUAAAUAGUAUUGGAUAGAUUAGACUCUGGUGAUUUAGUGUUUAUGAAAUUUGAAUGCAUGGAAUGUAUUUCAGUAAGUGAUAUAAUUAAAUGUGAAUAUUCUUAAUUCACUAAACCAUAUCCUCAUUAUGAUUCCCUUGGAAUAAUAUUUAGAGAUAAUAGAAAUGUUUAUGUACUCUACAAUAGAUUUGGUGAUAUUGUAAUUGAAGAUUAUGCUGAAUUUCUAUAAAAUCCAUUCUGGAAUGAAAUUACAAUCAGAAAGAUAAUUACAAAACAUGAAAUUCACAAAACUCUUAAGCCUCUCUUCUAUAAUGAAGAUUAUAAAUAAUUAUUUGCCAAUAAACCCUACAUUCCUAUAGUACUCAAAUCAACAGGAUUAAUAGAUUAGAAAUAUCAAGAUAAUUUAGAUCAAGUGUAUAUUGAGGAUUUAGAUGUUGAUGAAUUCCCUUAUUUUAUUAAUGGCACUUCCUUAGGACCAAAAAUAAAUGUUAGAACAAAAAGAAACAAAGACUUAGAUGCUAAGUGA